UAAUUAAAAAGCCUCAGAAAAAAACAAGAUGGCUGAAGUGUCAGAAACUCUCCAAUAUAAAGGAUUCAUGAAAGCUCACGGAGGAUGGGUAACUAGCCUUAAAGUUGGUAUCGAGAAAACCGAAACUGGUGCCGAAAGAGAAUUCCUCAUUUCCGGCUCAAGAGAUAAAACUAUCAUUGCAUGGGAAAUCACCCCUAAAGACUUCACUGAUGAUGACCUCGAAUGGGGAAAAGCUAGAAGAGUUUACAAAGCCCACUCUCACUUCGUUGAAGAUUUGAGCCUCUCCCAAGAUUCCAGAUACUGCCUCUCAGCCUCCUGGGAUAAGACUUUGAGAUUAUGGGACUUAGAGAGUGGAAAGAGCACGACCACCUUUGUUGAUCAUGAUAAGGAUAUUCUCACUUGUUCCUUCUCUGCCGAUAACAGACAGAUCGCUUCAGGAAGCAUGGAUAAGACCAUCAAAAUUUGGAAUACCGUUGGUCAAUGCAAAUAUACCGUCAAGGAAGACGCCCAUACCGAUUGGGUAAGCAGUGUUAGAUUCUCUCCUGAAACAAAGAACCCAGUUCUCGCCACUGCCUCUUGGGACGGUACCAUCAAGGUUUGGGACUCCAACACCAUGGCUUUGAAGAACACCUUCAAUGGACACACCAACGCUGUCUUGUCCUUGGACUUCGCCACUAGAUCUCACUAUCUCGCCUCUGGAGGAAAAGACGGAAACAUCAUGCUCUGGAACGUCAACGAAGGAUCAUUCCUAAAGCACAAGGAGCACAACGCUUCCAUCAACCAGGUUCUCUUCUCGCCAGUCAAAUACUGGAUUGUUGCUGCUACCGACAACGGAAUCCUCGUCUGGAACUUGCCAAAGGACAAGAUCAUUGCCAGACUCACUGUCCACGACGACGACGAUGAUGACAUUAAGGUCGAGUACGAAGAUGAAGAGCAAGAAGCUGAAGCCAAAGAAAAGAAGCUCAGAAAGAAGAUGGAUGUUGCCUGUACCUCAAUCGCUUGGAACAGAGAUGGUACUCUCCUCUUCGCCGGAUUCGCCGAUGAAACUAUCAGAGUUUAUGAAGUCGUUAAGUCAUAAGCAUUCUCCUAAGCCAUUCAU